GCUAAAUGAAACAGUUGUUUCUUGUGAAACGUGUGGUGAGGGCUGUUAGACUCCCAAUGCUGUGAUAAGGUACAGUACACUUUUAUCAUCAAGAUUCCAGUGCUGGUGGCCUUAUUCAUGCAGCGAUAAGGACUUGAUUCCUAAAACGUUCAUGUCACACUCCUCUGUUUGAGUUCAUAUUUAACUCUGAAUUGAAUGGCUAAAUAAAUAGUUCUUAUACAAACAUUGUUGCAUGCUUGUUCUUGGAGACAAAUGAUAUGUCUCAAAUGGAAUACUUCAAGUACACUGUUUACUGUUUGAGUGUGCCAAUUCUGACAGUGUAGUGCUGUCUGAAAUUCAUUACUUUCUUUGCACACUUGCUGGAAAUGACGAUUGCAUUAUUUACCAUCUUCCUCUCAUUCUCAUUCUCCUCCUCCUCCUUCCCUCUUCCCGUUCUUCUCCUUUCUCUCCUUUUACUGUACAUAGUGAAUUGCAGCCACUUUACGGAUCAUUAUCGCCGACAUUUAACAUAAAAAAAACAAAUACAAAAAAACAACACAAAAAAAGCAACGGAAGAAAGUUCAUUUGCAUUUUUAAACAUUUGUUCACAAUUUUGCUCACUGUUUUUCUCAAGUAUGUGUAAUGAUAUAAUAUUGAUUGAAUUGUAGUGACGUGAGCAUACACUGAAGGAAAAAGGUAAGGAAACAAGUGUGCUUGUUGCUUGGUUUGCAUGUCUAGUGUCAAUGAAAUGUUACGCUUUCUUUUAAGAGCAGUACGUUUGCUUAGUAAAAUAGAUGUUAAACUGCAGCAAGGACAUAAUGUUCCUCAGGCUGGUAGAUUCUCCUCCUUCGCUUUCUUUUGCCUGCCAGUUCAGUCAAACAAUGAGCUAAAUAUUAACAGGGUCUCAUAGUCCUUUUGGCCACAAGUAUUUUCUUUGGUUUUACCUUCUCAUUUGUUUUGUUACUGAUUAAGGACAGCAGCUACGUCAGGCUCAUCGUUGCAAAAAGUUACUUUUUCAAUAUUUCAAGAAGUUCUGUUAUAGUUUUGUAUUACUUUAGGUGUGUGCAUUUUCCAAUGAUGUGUCCGAGCAAGUUAAAAGAUGCUCUUCUGCACAAUCUGACAUUUUUUUUCUUCUACCAGUCGCAUUGUUGAGAUUUGAACGGAACAGACUAAUAAUACAUUGAGUGAAUUGGAUUUUAUUCAUCUCCCCACAACUCUGGGAUGUAAUUUGAGAUUUUGUCCAGAACUGGUUUGAAUAGCUGUUUGCUCAUGCCAUCUUUGAAGAGCUGAAUAAAUCCAGAGAGAGACUAACAGGCUGGCUUGUGCACACAGUGAAAGAGGUGUGGUCGUAGCUGUUGAUCGCAACCUCUCAAGCGCAUAUCAGACAGAACAGGACUGACGCAGAGAGGACAUAGAGAAUCUGAGUGCUGAAGGAACUGCCAGAGAUUCCAAGACACCCUGACCAGGCUGUGUGACCAGAUUCACCAUGACUGUCAUUCAGGAAAAUCCUCCCACUUACGAUAACAUCAGUUUUCAGCAUGAGGAAGGUAGACCACCACCGUACGCCCCACAGGUUGGGAUUUACCCCUCCCUCCCUCAAGCAACACCCAGCUACGUUGUCGCCUCUCCUGCGCCCAUCAACACCCUCCAAACUACGCCGCAAGCUACCGUACAAAACAAAGGAAUAAGGAAAUGUCAAUGGAAACGUGCCCUCUGUGCAUCCAUAUGUGUCCUGAUGGUCCUGGCGGUCCUCGCCCUCCUGCUGUGGUACUUCUUGUACUACCAGUGUGCACUUGGGAGGUCGUGUCGAAAAAGCGGGAGGUGUCUGCGCUCCUCCCAGUGGUGUGACGGGGUCAUCGAUUGCUCUGAGGCAGAGGAUGAGUCCCAGUGCUUUCGCCUUCAUGGAAGCAACUUCAUGUUGCAGAGUUUCUCGUCACACAGCCAGUCAUGGAUGCCAGUGUGUGCUGACAAGUGGGAUGACGACUAUGGCAAAGCUGUGUGCGAGCAGAUGGGUUACCAGAGGCAGGAUUAUGUAACCUACAGCAAAACCAGUGCAGGUUCUUAUGCCUCCAGAGGCUUCAUGAAGCUGGUGCCUGAAAGCAACCACAGAUCCCGUAUGCAAUCCCAGCUGUCUCACAGUACAAGUUGCUCAGAGAGAGCUGUCGGACUACGCUGUGUAGAUUGUGGAGAGAGUGCUGCUGCCCCCAGCAGUCGCAUCGUAGGUGGUACAGAGGCUUCAAAUGGAGCCUGGCCGUGGCAGGUCAGUCUCCAGUUGUUCGGUCAGAGACACGUAUGCGGAGGCUCCAUCAUCAGCUCCUUGUGGAUCGUAUCGGCUGCGCACUGCUUUGAAAAGUACUCCAGGCCUUCAAGAUGGACCGUACGCUCUGGCGAUGUCAGCCUGUUUAAAAUGAGUUUUGACGAUGGCAACAAAGUUGGCAAAAUCAUCAGUCAUGAGAAGUAUGACCCGGAAACUAACGACAAUGACAUUGCUCUCCUGAAACUGGACACACCUUUGAGAUUUUCAGACACAGUGAAGCCGGUGUGUUUGCCUAACGUUGGUAUGGAGCUCUCAGCUGGAAGUCCAGCUUGGAUUACAGGCUGGGGAGCCUUGAAGUCAUCUGGGCGAUCUCCAGAUAAACUCAAUCAGGCUGAGGUGACCAUUUACAGCCGACAGGAGUGUAACAAACCUGCCAUAUUAAACGGAGCCGUCACCGAAUCCAUGAUCUGCGCUGGCGAACUGAAGGGAGGCGUAGACUCAUGCCAAGGUGACAGUGGAGGGCCCUUGGUGGUCAAGGAGGCAGACGUGUGGUGGCUGGCCGGGGACACGAGCUGGGGGAUUGACUGUGCUUUGAAGAACAAGCCGGGGGUCUACGGCAACGUAGCUCACUUUCACGACUGGAUAUCUUGGCACAUGCAGCAGAAGGAGUGAUGCUGGUGAAUAGAAAAGGAACAUCUCAUCUCGUGACUCGGUACUUUUAAUCGCUAUACACACUUUGCACUUUGGAGCUGAAAUAUUGGUAAAGACCAAUGACGUGCGGUGAGUUGCAUGGCUGACGUGACUUUAGAAGGUUUUUUGAAUGUUAAUACAGGUUGCUAAUUAAGAGCAUAACAAGAAAAAGAAGAGAAUCAUUCACUUUUGUUAAAAAAAUGUUUUAGUCACAUUUAUUUAUUUUUUUUAUCAACUGAAAAGCAUUUGUGCUCUUACGUGUUUAUCUGUAUAUGAAGUACAAGCACCCUAUCCUUCUCUGGGAAAAGCUCUGAUGCUUUGUUGUAAAAGUCUGAUGGUGAGCUUGGGUACACAAUCCUCCAUCUUGGCAGUGAAAUUCAUGUAUUCAUUGAGCAGAGCCUACAAAUAUCUUGCAUUUGACUUGCUGCUCUCUUGCUGCUUGCAAAAAAAACCACAAAAAAAACCCGCUGGCUUUUCCGCUUUAUGGAAGGACGGCUGUGACAAACACCUUCCAGCUCACGCACGCCCCCACCCCUUUAGGAUGAAGUGAGUACCGCAAGCGCCUUUCAUAUGGCAUUUAUGUAUAUUUUAUUGUCAGAUUAGCAGGAAUAAUGACGUCAGACAUUACAGGCGUUGCACGGGCUGUAAAAAGUCAAGGUAUAAAAUAAAUGAGUCUGCAACAUUGUAUUAUUGGCGACACGCUCGGGGCAGCCUCAUCUUAGGUUUCUUUUCCUUCUUUGAUCAGCAAAUUUUACUUAAGAGAAUGAUAACAAAUGAUUGGAAUCGCACAGGAAAUGCAUUUGCCCCCCCCCUGCGUCCCCUGCCUGCACGUCACUGGUAAAGACUGAAUGUUUCUAUUUGAACAAAUGUAUAGAAAUAAAUAUUUCUUUUGCACAAA